AUGCCUUGCUUCGUUGCUCAGAUCUCGAAGGUCAGCCCAAGAGAGGUACGUCCUGCCCUUGACAUGCUUGGAUCUGGCACUGAGGUUGAAUGCGGAAAAGACACACCAGGCUGGAUUCGUCUUGCUCAGGAGCAGCAUCUUGAUCCGAGGCACAUGAUAGCUCCCCGCUGCACGGCGAUAGCGUGGUCAUGCCUCAUAUACAGAGCGCGCCGUAUGUUUCGUGUCUGGAAAGAAAUCCAGCACAAGUCUCUGGCCGGUGAAGACAUCGAGGAACUGUUGGGGCAGCUUGCUGAGGAGCAAGACCAAUACCGUAAGGCCGACCGCCUCUCCCCAAGACAGCUUGUCCGUUGUCGGAUAACUAAAAGAUCAUUAGAGCGCCUCCUUCUCCAGACAAGCCAGACUUUUGGGAUUGACCAACCGGACAAAUCCUUCCAGAGGCAUCUCCUGCCCAGCUGGAGGACUCUUCUAGGACCUGAGGACGACGCCAUCUUCGCCGAGGAGAUGAAGCGCGACUGGGUAUCACUCUCGCAGCCACAAAAGCUUGAUCAAAUGGUCGGCCGCAUGCUCGCAACCAGGAUUGGACGAUGGGUCUUUAGACCGUUCUUGGCCGGAAAGGAGAAGAUCGGGGGGACCACGAUGUACGACUACCACGAGGGUCUCAUAAAAGCCCUGAUUUUGGUUGGUUUCAGCUGCAUUAUCGGUGUCUUCGCAUGUGCUCCCGUGGCCAUCCAGUCCCUCAAUGUCAACUCAGUUGCGGGAGAGGUAGCUACGUACCUUGUGUUCAUGAUCGUCUUUGCCUGGCUGAGUCAAGCCCUUCUCCGCGGAGACGAGAAGAUCCUUUUGACCUGCCUUGCGUACGCUGCCCUCAUGGCGACUGUGAUGAGGCAGGGCGAGUAG